AUACAACGCAGCCCCCGAAUCUGCUUCUACAAGCACAGGUGUCUCACGUGAGGAAACACCCUCGGCUCACUCUGUGGUCGGACUCAUGGCCUCCAAGGCAGCCCCUCCCUCCGGGUCAACCUCCUCCCCCUUCACCAUCGCAGAUGCUGCCAGGGCGGCUUGGUCUUGCGUCUCGGACGUCUUUUCCCCUUCGCCUCCGCCUCCGUCGAAGGAUGACACCGCGGAUAUCACGGUGGUCAUGACCCUUAUCCUGCUCGGACAACUCGCUGUACUCUCGGUUGUCUUCGUCUUCCUGACCCCUGCCAAAGGCGGAGGCCGCUGGCUCCCCCCCGCCGACACAGACAAAGGCGCAUACGAGCGUUUCGUGCUAGCGUACUCUCCCGUCUGGAUGGGCGUGUUCGCCGUCAUCAUCGCGGGCCAACUGUACGAAACCUUCACUGCUCACACCUACAUGCUUGUUUGCACUACCCUCUGCCUCCCCCUCUUUUUCUACCCC